GGGCAAUGUUGGGGAUGUAAAAAAAAAAAAAAAAAAAAAAAAAAAGGAAACCGGAGCAAAGAGAGCGCAGGGGAGAGACAGGGAGACAACACUAACAGGGUAGCUAUGGAGAUAGUAGGUUUUCCUGGUAGCUUUCUUUGACAGGUGUCGAGUGGGAUAAAACAAAGUAUCACAACAGCUUCCAAGAUGUAUGGCAAAGGAAAAGGAGCUGUUGUCCCCUCCGAUAGCCAAGCGAGAGAAAAGUUAGCGUUAUAUGUGUACGAGUACCUUCUACAUGUGGGAGCACAAAAGUCAGCACAGACCUUCCUGUCCGAGAUUCGAUGGGAGAAGAAUAUCACAUUAGGGGAGCCUCCUGGAUUCCUUCAUUCAUGGUGGUGUGUAUUCUGGGAUUUGUACUGUGCAGCUCCAGACCGGAGGGAGACAUGUGAACACUCCAGUGAGGCAAAGGCCUUCCAUGACUAUAGUGCAGCGGCAGCUCCCAGCCCGGUGAUGGGCAACAUGCCGCCCAACGAUGCCAUGCCCGGUGGUCCCAUGCCCCCAGGCUUCUUCCAGGGACCACCUGGCUCUCAGCAGUCCCCCCAUGCACAGCCCCCCUCACACAACCCCAGCAACCCCAUGAUGGGACCCCAUGGCCAGCCUUUUAUGUCGCCAAGGUAUCCAGGCGGCCCACGCCCCUCACUCCGAAUGCCAAAUCAACCUCCUGGGGGAAUCCCAGGCUCUCAGCCCCUUCUGCCAAACAGUUUGGACCCAACAAGACCGCCAGCUCACCCCAACAUGGCUGGACCAAUGAGAAUGAACCCGCCCAGAGGGAUGACCAUGGGCCCACAGAAUUAUGGUGGCAUGAGGCCUCCUCCCAAUUCCAUGGGUGGUCCCAUGCCAGGAAUGAACAUGGGUCCUGGAGGAAGGGGGCCUUGGCCGGGCCCUAAUGCUAACUCUAUAGCCUACUCUUCCUCGUCUCCAGGAAACUAUGUGGGUCCCCCAGGCGGAGGAGGUCCUCCUGGAACUCCCAUCAUGCCCAGCCCAGGUGACUCGACUAACUCCAGUGAAAACAUCUACACAAUGAUGAAUCCUAUUGGAGCUGGAGGCAACAGACCCAACUUCCCAAUGGGACCAGGGCCUGAUGGCCCUAUGGGGGCCAUGGGGGCCAUGGAGCCACAUCACAUGAACGGAUCACUUGGGUCUGGAGACAUGGAUGGGUUGCCAAAGAAUUCUCCUAACAACAUGGGGGGGAUGAACAACCCCCCUGGAACGCCGCGAGAUGACGGCGAAAUGGGCGGAAAUUUCUUGAACCCAUUCCAAAGUGAAAGUUAUUCACCCAACAUGACGAUGAGUGUGUGAUUUUAUUUUUUUCUCCCUUCUUUUGUUUUGGUAUUUUUUUUCUUCCCCUGAAUUUCUUUUUCUUGUGAUCCUGCUCUUUUUUUUUUCAAUCUUUUCUUCACCUUUCUUCACCACUCCCCUCACCUCCCCCUUUUCUCACACAAACACACACAAAAUCCUCUGCUGCUCGCCACCCCGACGGGAUCCACCCGCUCCUCCCUUCAUUCGGGAACUGUGCGGCCACGCAGCCCUCCGGGACGGCCCUGGAGCAUUCUGGGACUCUGAUGAAAACGGGCCCCCCCGGGGCGUGCAAAGUGGCUAGCGGCGUGAGCAGGAAGCAGUCACAGAGCAACAGGAAGAGCAUCCUCUCUGAAUCCGGCCCCAGCCUCCCCGGCUUUCUGUCCGUGUCCAGACAGUGAGUGAGGAAGAGGAGGCUUUGCGGAGAGAGGGAGGCUGGACAAUGCAGCCCCUCCCUCAAAGACGCAGAUACCUGGAAGGUUUUCAGCCACAGCUCUGGAUUUUCCUUUUAUUUUAUUUUUUUAAAUCAGCGGAUUCAGUGGAGGGUCGGAAGAAGCGGCCCCUUUGCCCCCCUCCCGCAUCGUUUUUCCGUGUGUGUACAUUUGUAACAGAGGUGAUGUGUUGAUCAGUGAACAUGUUUUUCCACAUUUUUUUUGUGUAUGUAAUGUUUCAUUGUUAUUUUUAUUAUUGUAUUAUUGUUAUUAAUGAUAUGAUCAUUUAAAGCUUAGGUUCUAGUUUCUGUUGUUUUUACGGGCACAUUAUUAUUAUUAUGAAGACACGCAGUCAGAAAUCAUUUGAACACUGCCCCCUGCAGGUGAGAUCCCCCCCCAACACGGUACUGAUUGGUUAGCAUUUUUUUAAUGGAUUUUUAACUAUUUUAAACGUCCAGCUCACCAGCAAAGAGUGUCUCCUGCUUUAGUAGCUUCCAUGCAGUCAUAUGCACAGCUCUAUUUAUUUAUGUAAUUUUAUCUUUGAAUCAUUUUUGAAAGUGUUAUUUGUUUUUUUGUUUUCGUUUGUUUGUUGGGUUUUUUUAAACUGCAGAACUGGUAGCAACGGUGUAAAUAUGCAGACCCACCCGGCAGCCACUCAUCACCUCCGUCUGACAUUCUCAGAGCUUCUCUGAAGUCGUUUCUGUUUUUCUAAGCCACUCCUGCUGCUACCACUGACGCUCCCUGCUGGGGUCUCCCGACCCCUUCAGACGUGUACAUAGGGGUUUUUUUUUUUGGUUGUUUGUUUGUUUGUUUCAACACACUGUGAUGUUUGUGCUUCGUGGGGGUUUGCUUUCACACGCCUGUCCGUUUUUUCCUGCAGAUUUAUUUCCGACCCCCUCCUUUCUUUACAGUCGCUGGUGGUGAAGAGACUUCUAACUGCUGAUUGGAUGUUUGUUUUUGUGUCUGAGAACAGCGAGGCGUUGCUCUGUAGACCGGAUCGAGUGGCUUCCGUCCUCCUCCCCCCCCUCUUUCCAGCCACAUAUGACUCUUCCCUUCCACUUGUUUUAAUGCUCAAUAUCCAUGUUUUCUUUGUUUUUGUAAAUAAUGUAAAAUGCAUUUUGAUAUCAUUGACAUGUUUUGAUAAUUCAGAUCACGGCGGUUGAUCGUAAAGUAGGGUGCAUUUCCUCUGAAACAAUAAGAACAAGGAGAAACUGGAGCUGCUACAGACUUUUCUGCUAUUUCAGCCCCAUCACAGACAGACGUGGGGCUUCCCGCUCCACCACAGCUGCUGUGUCAAGGGAGGACAUAGUUUGUUGGUGUUCAGGAGGAGUGACUCGCUCACACAUUUCUCUUUAAAACAAACGAAAAAAUAAAAUAAAAUCCUCUCUGUUCUUAGAAGAAGAAAAAAAGUAAAUCAAAAUCUUUAAUUUGUUUUUGAAGGAGAGGAUGGUUUUCAUUUGGAAAUAAACGCCGUUCUUUGACAUCACCGAAACAGAAAGAAGGUGCGAGUAGGACUCUCGCUUCACCAUGAAGGAUUCUGUCGACGCGUUUGACGGGAAAAACAAACGGACGGACGGUUUUGUUGCAAAAAUAGAGGCGGGAGAACUCAUGUACUUUAAAACCCCUGUUGUAUAAAACGCAGUCCGACUUCUUUCUGUCCUGUAAGUAAAACCGUCACAGCGUUGAUCAUUUCUGUAUUUCUAUCGUGCUGAUGUAUAAUACUGUAUCAUUCAGAGGGAGGGGGGGUCAAGAGGACUUUGGAGGGGGGGUUGGGAGUAAAGAUUUUUCUGUUGAGUUCCUGGUUUUUUCCUCUUGAUGACAAAGCAGUAUUGAAUAUGAGGCAGUCUGUCCUUGGGGAGUUGCUUUGUAUCUCAUGUUAGGGUAGCGCUGAUCCUAAAUGUCUUGUGUAGUAAAAUAAGAGGUUCCUUCGUAUGUUUCUUUAUAUUGUAAAGUUUCUUUAGACAACAAAAAAAAAAUGUUGCUUAUUGGGAAAAAAACAGGUGGGAAAUCUGCAUUGAUAAUUAAUGUAUUUUAUUUUAUUUUUUUGUUUAAUUUUCAUCAGCUUGUCGGUUGUUUUUGCCUGUGUCCCCCUUGUUGUAGAUACAUAUUAAAAACAAAUAAAAUGACUUCACUCCUUUUGCCAUGAA